CAAACAAAAAAACACUAAAAAUGAAAUUUACAAAAUUUACAAUUCAAUAAAACUUAAAAAAAAUUUGAAAAACAAAUUUUUUUUAAAAAAGAGAAAGUUAGUAUUCCAUGUUACCGUUUUUUUGCUAUUAGUGUUUAUCUUGUUAGUUAAUGGGUCUAUUCAAAACUCUAGCUUAGUGUCUAGGAUUAUUGGUGUCUUUUUGGGAUAAGUAGUCAGUUUUGCAGUUGUUUUUUAGUCAGUUUAUGUCUUUGUACACUAAAGUCAUCAUUUAUUAAGAAUUUUAGAUGUGUCUGUUGUUAGUGUCUCUGGUUUUAAGUUAUAGUCUUUGACUUCACUUAACACUAACUUGGAGUUUAGGAUUUAUUUUUUUUAUCUGACCUUUCUGAAUUUUUUUAUAACUUUUCUAAGUCUGUAUAUUAAAAGUAAUCUAGAACUAACAAAAAAAAAAUCAGUAGGCCCAAGUAAUAACAAUAUUCAGAACUUUAAACAACUUAUUCUUGCUCUUGUUUUGUCUCUUUUAAAUUUUUCCUUGUUGAAGUUCAGGCUUUAAAUAGCUAAAUAGAUGGGAUAUUGAUGAACUUCUUAUGCGAAUUGCCGACGGAAACUUCCUUCCAGAGAGAAAAAGAACAAAGCUAUGCAUAUUUACAUGCAAGACUCACGUUCCAGAAUUGGAACAAAUUGGUAAGCAUGAUUACGAAGAGUAAUUGGAGAAUUGUGCUAAAGCAAAGAAGGUUAGAUGUUACAGUUUUAAACGCAACAUGCCGGAGAACCUGAUUUCAAGUCUGAUUGCAUGGGCCAAAGUAAAUUAUCACGGAGAUCUUCCUGAACAAACACAGUGAAACAUUACUGAGAGGAUGGUCGUCAAGUUCCCCCGCAAACAAUGCUACAUUUUUAGAGUCUCAAGAUCCGUAGAAAGAGUUGCAUUACUUCACAGUUCAGGUUUGGAUUAUGAAUGUUAUGGCAUAUGGAUCAAUUCUGUUGCAUCUCUAAAUGUGCAGUCAUCCUUUCCAGGUAAGUAUUCCUAGCCCAUUCUCAUCUUGAGACAGAUUGUGUAAAAACGUGUUCAAGUUCAGUUCAUAAGAUCCAAAGUAAUGAAGGGUUCUUUCUUGAAAACGACAUACAAAACGUGUGACCCCUUCAGACCUGUUUUUUUUAAGUACUCUUGUUAUCCUAAUGAUUGAUUUUUCUAAGUAUCCAUGGGACAAGUAUAGGCAAUGUGCUAAGAUGAUUCCCAAAUACAUCAUUACUUGUUCUUACUCGACAUGUGGCCUAAUCCACUUUUUUUUGUUCAAGUCAUGCUUAAUUGAGACAAUGAUUUCACAUUGAUUUAACGAGUUGGCUGUCUAAAAAAAAUUGAGCGUGAUUCCUGUGACCAGUGAUUAGGUCUACUUGGUCCUAAGAUAUAAGAAAUUUAAGUUUUUACUUCUUUUAAUAAAUUUCUUCUCCAAUAAGACUUAGACUGUAGGGGUUAAACUAGGUACAGGCCAAACCUAUUUUCAACCCUAUAAUUUUUUUUUCUAGAAGAAGCUUUCAUUUUCAUUUCAACAUCUUUUUGCUAAGUAACAAAUGUUUUCAUGCUCCUAAACGAAUUGAGCAGAAUAACUUGCACAUUUAUAUGUUGAAGCUAGUUACAGAGUCUGCAUUUUGCUUAGAGUUGAAAAUCACAUUUCCUAACUUGAUAAGCACUAAACCAUAGUCUUCAAAUUUGAAAAAAAAAACUGCUCAAUAAUUAAAAAGGCUGAAACCUUAUUGAAAAAUCUGUUUUAAAAUCAACUUGUGAGUUUAGACAGAGAAUGUUGGUUAGCAAAUUAAAACAAACUGGGGUUAGUUGAAGUGUUGAAAAUUUCCCAUUGGUUAGCAUUCCUCUACAAUUUGUUUUUUUUCUUAUACUCUGUGCUAGAUAAUUCAGUAUGCUCUAAAUAAGAAGUGGAAUGUGAUUUGGAAAUUAGAGCUUAAAAUUGAUUUCCUUGGUUUUGUUUUUCCGUCUUCAUUCGCUCUCAAGAAUUUGAAAUCCUAGCAUUCUGCCUAAAUCCUUAAUUUGUGUUUCAAAGCUACAUUUUUAUAUGAAACAAAAAACCUCUCAAGUUUUUCAAAAUGGCAGUCCAAUCAUUGAACAAUAUGGAAAAAACAGUUUCUGUUUCAUGUUAAGCAUCUUAUUGAACAGUUUCCAUUUCAAAAGAGUUUUAGCAAUUUGAAACAGUUUUAUCAUACUUGGUCUCAAAUGGUAUAUGACAGCAUAAAAAAAUCACUGAACGAAAAAAAAUAGUUUUAGCAAGAGUAACAAGAAAAUUUGUUUUCCAAAUACUAUUUUAUGUGUUGGGUAUAAUUUCGUUAUUUGUGCUUUACAAGUAAUCAUCCCACACCAUAACAUCCAAUUUUUUAAGAAACUUGAUCACUUUCUUGAGAAUUUUAGUUUUCAUCAUUUUUAUAUCAUUGACAUGCAUUGAGGACACUGCAUGAUUUAAGUGUGGGGGACGCUUCUGUAUUUAGUUAUGCAUAUUUUAGGAUAAUUUUUUUGUUUGCGUGUUUUUAUACACAUACCACAUUAGAGGAGCAUGAAUUGGGUAAAAAAAAGUUGGCAUGGGUGGCACGGCACCUUUGUCCCCUUAAGUAACAGAUUCCAAAAGGAAGUGAUGUUAUGAACGGAGAAAACCUAAGUUGGAAGAGCAAAUCCCGUUUUGGGCCGUACGAAUCUCGUCCAUAACCAGUGUAAAAAAAUAAGAAAAAGCCGACGUCAUUGAGCAAAAAAAAUGCAAUAAAUGGCUAGGUAAAAAUAAAAGAAUAAAAAAUGAAUGAAAAUAUUGUUUGAGCACUCGAGUUGAAACUCUCGGAAUACUUCGUUUAUUUAGGUCCCGGGCUAUCUGGAAUGGGCCUGGGGUAGCCUGGUUGAGACUCGCUACACGGGUCAACUCAAACAAUCAAUAUUAAAAUAUAAAAUGAAAGCAAUAAAUAAAAGUUUCCAAAUUUUGGAAAAGAAAAUAAAUUUUCUUGAGCUUUUCUUCACUUGAGUGUUUCUAAGGAUUUCUAACCACUCUUUGCUGCUCUAUUUAUUUCUUUUAAAUUGUUCUCAAUGACCUUAGUUAAUUCUAAGUUUUGACAUUAAAUAAAAAUGUUUUCUACUUAGGUUUGAAGUGAAAGAAUUGUUUUAAAAUUUAAAGUAGUAAAUUGAUUUUUAAAGGGUUUAUUCUAUUUGUGACAUGGUUAAUUUUUAGUUAAUGUUUCAUGCAUCACUUUAGAUGGUUAUGAGAUUGAGAAAUUGUUUUGAAUUCUAAUUUCAACAAAUCGAAAAAGGUUGUCAAUAUUUAGUUUGCACAAGGACAUGCAAAAGUCUAAGUAUGGAGGUAUUUGUUGAGUCACAAAAUGUCAUAUUUUAUUCUCUCAUUUCUUAGUACUUUUAUGAUAUUUUAUAUGCAUUUUAUACAUAAAUAAUCAUAUUUUGU